GCACCUGCGCCGCCCCCCGGGCCGGGCCGGACCGCGUCUGUGGCGGGGCCGGCGGGGCAUGGCGCGGCGCUGAGAUGAAAGUGACCGUGUGCUUCGGGCGGACCGGGAUCGUGGUGCCCUGUAAGGACGGGCAGCUCCGCGUGCGGGACCUGACCCAACAGGCCCUGCAGCGCUACCGCAAGGCCCAGGAGAAGGAUCCAACUUACUGGGUGAAUAUUCACCACCUGGAGUAUACAGAUGGAGGAAUCCUGGACCCUGACGAUGUGCUGGCAGAUGUUGUGGAAGACAAAGAUAAGCUGAUUGCUGUUUAUGAUGAGCAAGAACCUCACCGUAAGUCUGAUGGCACCAAUGGGAAUGUGACAGACAGAAAUAGCCCAGACCUGUUUGAGACAGAGGUAGCAGCUCAGCUGGAUGCCUUUCAACCAGUUGGAGGCGAGAUUGAAGUGACUCCUUCUGCCCUGAAACUUGGCAUGCCGCUUCUGGUACGAAGGAGCAGUGAUCCAGCUUUGGGCCCACCUGCUGACUUCCACCCAAGUGCCUCUUAUCCCGGUGACCUCAGUCACAAACAUGCUGUGGCAGGUGCUCCCCAGGUAUCCUUUGAGGAUGGGGAAAUGAACCUUGCAGGACCUGCAGAACUGUUGUCAUCGCAGAGGGCCCGUCUUCCUGUAAGUGAAAUGACCAAAACAGUGGAGAUUUCUGGGGAAGGUGGACCCUUGGGAAUACACGUAGUGCCCUUUUUUUCAUCUUUGAGUGGAAGGAUGCUGGGACUUUUUAUCCGUGGUAUUGAAGAAAAUAGUAGAUCUAGGCGUGAUGGGCUUUUCCAUGAAAAUGAGUGCAUUGUGAAGAUCAACAAUGUGGACCUCACAGAUAAAACGUUUGCACAGGCUCAGGACAUCUUCCGCCAGGCGAUGAAAUUUCAGAGUGUCAUUUUGGAAGUCCUUCCUCCUUAUAAUCGAGAACAAUACGAGAAGUCUGCUAUUGCUCCCCUUUGUUUUCUGCACAAUGAUGAAGAAGUUCCAAAAACAAAGAUUCCGCCUCCUGUUCAUCCGAAGCCUACUGUGAAAACAAUUCAUCUUUCUGGAGCAGGCAGCUUGGAUGCUGGUGUACAGGCAACACUACAAUCUAAGAGCCCCAACCUCCCACGUCUGGGUAGAAAACCAUCUUCACCCUCAUUGUCUCCCCUUAUGGGCUUUGGCAAUAAAAAAAAUGCAAAGAAAAUAAAGAUAGACCUGAAAAAAGGUCCUGAAGGACUUGGUUUCACUGUGGUUACCAGGGAUUCUUCAGUACACGGUCCUGGUCCUAUUUUUGUGAAGAAUAUUUUACCAAAAGGUGCAGCAGUAAAAGAUGGCCGUUUGCAGUCAGGUGACAGGAUCCUGGAGGUGAAUGGAUGGGACAUCACUGGCAGGACCCAGGAGGAGCUCGUAGCUAUGCUGAGGAGCACAAAGCAAGGGGAAACUGUCUGUCUGAUCGUGGCUCGUCAGGAGGAGGCCUUUCUACCUCGAGAGCUGAAAGGAGAGCCAAACUGCAGUGCUCUUUCUCCAGAAACCACAGAGCAGCUGACCUUUGAGAUUCCUCUGAACGAUUCUGGCUCUGCUGGACUUGGUGUGAGCUUAAAAGGCAACAAAUCUCGGGAGACUGGAGCUGACCUUGGGAUUUUCAUCAAAUCCGUUAUUCACGGCGGUGCUGCUUUUAAGGAUGGCCGUUUGCGAGUAAAUGAUCAACUUGUUGCGGUGAACGGGGAGUCGCUUCUGGGCAAAUCAAAUCAUGAGGCUAUGGAGACACUGAGGCGUUCCAUGUCCAUGGAGGGGAACAUUCGUGGCAGGAUCCAGCUAGUAAUUCUACGGAGACUGGAGGCACAAACAGAGGAUCGCUUGGACCAGGGUGUCUAUCAGAAAUCAGCGUGUGAUGGCAGUCAUAGCUUUGCAGCUAUUUCCCGACGCAAUGGUGCUGUUCUUCAGCAAUUUGUAAACUGUGGCCCUCAGGAAAGAAUGCAAGAGUUGCCGGUGUCUGACUGUGGCAAUUGUGAAAAUGAAACUCCUCCACCUCUGCCACCACACCCUAGUGAGGAUCUGCUGAAUGAGGAUCAUAACCAUAGCCCUACCAUAAAUUCAGCAGUGUAUUUAGCAGAUCAGCACAUCAACUUCACAUCUUUGACACCAUCCAAGCAGUCUGAAUCAAUUAAUCUGAAAGCCUCAAAAAGCAUGGAUCUGGUGGCAGAUGAAAGCAAAGUUGGUUCCUUGGCCGGACGCAGAUCAGAUACUUCUGGCAAGGAUUUUGGUCCUACCCUGGGAUUGAAGAAGUCCAGUUCUCUUGAGAGUCUUCAGACUGCUGUAGCUGAAGUUAGGAAGAAUGAACUCCCUUUUCACAGACCCAGGCCCCAUGUCGUCCGUGGUCGGGGGUGUAAUGAGAGUUUCCGAGCUGCCAUUGACAAGUCUUAUGAUGGACCUGAGGAUGUAGAAGAGGAUGGUUUCUCUGAUAAGAGCUCUCACUCUGGUCAAGAAGCUCAGAACAUGGAAUCUGUCCCUCCAGGGAACCCUGAAAUAGAAGAUGUUGAAACCAAAGUGAAAAAAGACAAAAAAAAUAGAGAGAAAGAGAAGAAAAAAGAAAAGGGCAAAACUAAAAUCAAGGAGAAGAAAAGGAAAGAAGAAAAUGAAGAUCCAGAAAAGAAAAAGAAGAAAGGCUUUGGUGUCAUGUUGAGAUUUGGAAAGAAAAAAGAAGAUAAAAGUGGGAAAGCAGAUCAGAAGGGGAAUCCAAAGCAUGACAUACUUAAAGAAGAGGAUCUAGAGAAAAUGAAAGAUGAACGUGAAAGGAUUGGAGCAAAGCAUCAGGAGUUACGUCAAAAGCAACUGAGGGGCCUGCUUGAUUAUUCUACUGGUCCUGGAGGACCCGACAUAGAUGAUGAUGAGGUAGAUCCAAAUUAUGCCAGAGUGAACCACUUCCGAGAGGCUUAUCCAGCAGCAAGCAUUUACAGACCAUCAUCUCCAGCAGUCGCGGAAACCUUCGUCUAUCCACGUGAUUCUUCUUCAACACCAGUGGAGAGGGAACACUUGGAAGGAUUGUAUGCAAAAAUAAACAAGCAGCACUACCCGCAGGUUCCUGGUGACAGUGGCUGUGCAGGUGGUGGGAAUGCUGACCGAAUCCAGAAGCUACGGAAGGAGUACCAUCAGGCCAGGCGGGAGGGCUUACCUUUCUAUGAGGACGAUGAAGGACGAACACAGCUGUCUGAUUGCGACCACCGUUGGGUUCCUGGAAAAGGUCCAGAUGGGAGCUCAUACAAUCUCCACUUCGAAGGAAUGGAAAGGCAGUAUGCAUCUUUACCCAGACGUGGACCUGCAGAGCCACUGGAAUAUUUAACAGGGCCGCGAGUGAUCUACAAAGAGAGAGAUCUUCCCUACUACCAAGGAGGAGGACAGCCUGUUGUCCACCCAUCUAAGGGGAACUACAUCCAUGCACCAGACGCAAGAGUGGCAGAAUUGAGAUACCCCCCGUACUACCCAGCCCAGUCCGUCCCAAACCAGCAUAAAGGACCCUUCCGGCAGGACGUGCCACCUUCUCCUCCUCAGCCCCACCGUGCACCAGCUUAUAAUGAGAUUAUCCGACACCGUGGGACCAGUCCAGACCAGUACCAGUACAGGCAACAGGAUCCCAGGCAGAAGAACCCCAUGACUGCAGCUGUAUAGACACACACUGGACUUGCCAGCACAGCCCUGGAAGAAUCCUGUUGGACAUCGACCCUUUAGAGUUGUUCCCAAGCAUGGCUGCCUCUGCCUGUAAGAUUGGCACAAGACCUGGAGUCGUUUGUACUGAGCUGGGCUCAGCAUAGGUGCUUUCUGACAGGUGAACUAGAGCCAUGAGUGGUACGAUGUAUUUUGAGUAUGUGAGGUACCAGACAGUUGAGUAUUUUUUAAUUCCUUUUUAAAAGUAGAAAGUGGCUGCUGGAAACGAAGCGCAACACUUAUUACACCUCAGGGCUAUUUACCGAAUCUGGUUACACCAAUACAGUACAUAGCUGUCUGUCCAGCAGCAGCAGUAUCACCAGUUUACUACAGAGCUCUGCUGCAGAGCCUCUCAGUGAGAACACAGCGAGCAGUGUGGACUUCUCACGGGGAUCUUGUGGGAUCAGCUGACAGGGGCCUCACAGAGUCAGCAGCCAUGUUCCAGUCACAUUCAGACCAGCAGCACUGUGUGCUAAGGAUGCUGCAGUUCCAGAUUUGUAACCUCACAUUUGUCUUCCUCUUUUUGUUUGAUAGUGGCAGCAUUAAUCUUGUAUCCUUACCUUUUUUUACAAUCUGCCUAGCAAGGUUCUCAUCUUAUUGCACCUGCUGCAUUUGGAGUAAGGCAAAAAACUUUAUCCACCACAUGUGGGCAGGCUCAGAGGAUAAGACAGCCAUCCAAGAGGUGUAUGCCUAGCAGUGCGUGCGUGUUUGUGAAUAUUUCGUAGUCACAUGGUGUGCACUUUUUAAAGGUAAACUCCAGAAAUCAGAUCCUCAGCUGCUGUCAGUGCUGCUCCUGAGAUUUCAAAGGAACUAGCCUGCGAGUCAUGGCUGUGGAGGUGACUGUGGGCAUGGAGUCCAUGACUCAAUAUCUAUUAAGCUACUGUGCCAGGUGCUCCUUUGGAUUGGACAGGGUGGCCUAACUCCUGACCUGCUCUGGCCAGGCUGACAGUCAAGUGCUUGCUGGCAGCAUGCGAGUCAGUGGUGGUGCCAGGCCAGUGCCAAGUGCCAAAUAACCCAGGUUCCUGCAGCGGGAGCCAGUGAGAGAGGAGAUUUUCACAGUGAGAGGUGAGGAAAGAGACAGUGAAAGCAACAGGGAGAUCUUCUAUACCCUGGGCCCAUGGAGGAAGAAGAGCAAAGAGCUGUAAGAGUUAUUUGCAAAAGUGCAUAGGACAAGAGUGGGCUGGCAGAGCUGGGGGUCGGGAGCGCCUGCCAGCUCUCUGCCCCAUGCAGCCUAAGCUUGCAGUGCAGCCAGGAGGCUAGAAAUCCACAGCCGUGUCUACACAGACACGUGCCGUCUAGCCCAAUAGGACUGUGGGCCCUCAGAGCUUUGUCUCAAGGCUUUUGUUGAAGGGUAGUCUUACAUCUAGAAAUAUAGAGCUUCCAAGUGCCCUUAAUUUCUUAGUAUCUGCUUUUGGGAGCAUUAUUAAAUAGUUUGGGCUCCUUUCCUCAUCAUGAAGAGAUCUUGACCUGACCAAGGAUUAAGCUCAAGGAUUUCUUUGAUGUCUUUUUGAUACCUUGAUAUGCAACACAUUAAAUCAUACAGGUCACUUCUAGGCAUUAAAUAUCACAGGAAGGAUCGCAUCCCUUUCCUAGAAACCCCUGGAAAAGGCCUCGUCAGAGCAAGAGGUCCACAAGGCACAGGGCAGGGCAGUCAGUGCUCUUUCUGGGGCCACAGCUGUAGCCCCUGGUAAGGAUGAGCACACAUCCCAGUCAGCCCAGUGCUGCCUGUGUACUGCCAGUGAGAGGUUGGUGGAACUGGAGCACUGAGAGUAUCUGUGCCUGCCCUGCUGGCCUGCAGGCUCCAGUGGUUGCAUUCACACCAAUCUCUAGCACUGGCCAGGCUAGAAGCAGCAGGAAGAAGCAGCUUUGGGGUGGUGGAGAGGGGGCAUGUCUUCAUGAUUCAGCUGCGGGGCUGGGCUCCCUGGGGCAGGGGUAGAAGAGCUCCAGAUCCAGUCAGGAGGAAGCAUUGGUGGGAGGGAGAGCAGUGCAACUGAUCAUGAAGUAAGUAUGUUCAGUUCGUGCUCCAUUUCUCCCUGCCCUCUUCCCUAGAAAUGUAGGAGGAAAAACCUCUGGAGGGAGGGGUUGGAUGUAAGGCCGUGUCUCUUGGCACUCUCCAUAAACAAGGCACAUUCCCCAGGGAAACUCUGCCUGUCGCAUACGUGCUGUACGCAGCCUUCUCUGAAGAGUUUGAGAUGCUGCAGGAUACUCAGCCAAGACUUGGCAGCCGCAGGGUAGAUGCUAGUGUUAUGAAGGCCCGCGGAAAGUGAAGCGAAAACAAAUUAGAAUACUUUCCUUUCCCUGCUUGAAAUACAACCGCUGAUACAUUUGAUCCAGCUGUAAAGAAACUUAUAUAUUUGCGACAGUGGCUUUAUCAAGCCAGGCCACAAUUAAGAACAGCUCUGAAUAUAAGCUACUGCCUUUAUAAAUCACUCUCAACUAACCCUUCACAUGGCAUUGCAGCGCAGUGAGCAGAACUUAUUUACAGUAUUUCAGGAGCCAGGGCCAAAUAAAAUCUGGAUUGAAGCAGUUUCUGGGUUAUUUAUAGCCUUUGGAGGAUCUGUAUAGUUGUCUCCCCAUAACCCGAAUCUCUCCUUUAUGGCUCCCCCUGACUGCAUCAGCUCUGCUGGAUGAGGUGGUCAGACCGAGCACACACCUUCAGAGCUGUUAAUCUUACCCAACGGGUUAUUAAAUGAUGUUUCAGUGUGAGAUCAGUACAGAGCUUCUUCCAGGAAAAAAGGAAAAUGAGCUGCAAGCAUAAUAUAUAGAUGCACCCUACAGGCGAGGAGCUAAGAUGGAGCGGCAGGCUGACCCAGCUGGAGGACAGGACCCAAAAGUAUUGCAGAGCCUCCCAUCUGUCUCUGGUGCCAUUGUUCUGCGAGGAAAUUGCCCUUUGCAGGUUUAAUAUCUGCUAGAGGUAUGGCUUUUUUUGAAGUAUAAUGUGUAACUACAGUAUAUAUAGUCAGCUUCUCUGCAGUGUAAAAUGUAUGAUUUUAGCACCAUAUUGUGGAAAAAUAUGUACCGUGCAGAAUCCACGAGGUGCUACAACUGAUGGUUGAAAAUACGCACUUGCAAAAAUCCAAAAGAGCCGUUAAGUAACAAGUUGUUCUUUUCCCCAUAUGUCCAUAUGUUUGGGAAAACUACACGUCUGAAGCGCUCUUGACACGUAAUCGCCUUGCGUUCCCUCACCCAAAAGGUGCCAGUCCAGCAGCAGCGUCACCGCCGUGGCAGUGGUGUGAGGGGAGGGCCGCGUUUGCAGCAGGAGCAGCGUGCCAGCACUGCGCCUUAAGGGCUACGACGGGAGGGCUGCUGGAGGCUUUGCUUUCCCGAGCUGGGGCGUGCAGCCGGCGGCUCUGGCCCUGGCCCGUGGCCAGCUGGGCCCCGCAGAUGAAAGAUUAAGAGAUACGGAGAGAGCCUGUGCAUUUUUGCAGUGACCACCCACUAGUGAGCCAUGUCUUGGCCUGAGAGCAGACGUUAGCACUGUGAUGCGGCGUGAGGCAGGAGUCUCUUAGCACCCCCUGAACGUUGUGGAGAAAAGGGGAGCAAAGCAUGUCAAUAAUAAUUUUUUGAAAGGCUCCUGCUUUGAAGAAUUGCGUGCAGCCUGCAUUCCAAUUCGCUCCAGCUUCUUGAACUAGUUUCACACGCUGCCUAAUUUUUAUUUUUUUUUUACAGAUGAAUUGUGCUACCUCCUCCUCCCAGCCAUCGCAGAUUUGUUUAUCAGAGUCAGUGCUGGGAGUGCAUCCCACUGAGUGCUCCGCCGGGGCCACAUCCUGGUGCUCUGCGCUGGGCAGGGGCUGCUUUGCACCUCCAAAAGGCCAUACGCCUGUGCUUGCCCUCACAGAGUUCUGCAGAGUCCCUAAGCCUUACAAAGUGCAAAGUCGGAAGCACUCUUUACUGUCUGCAUCAAAGAAAACACUUUUUAAGACACUUCUGUGCUAUUCAGGAGGAGAGGGAAGUGUUUAUGAUCCUGACAAUACCCAUGAGUUUUAGUUAAAUUAAUUUCAAAAUCACACGUGUUUGUUUUGGGGGAGAAAUUCAAUACACAAUUCCUGAAGUUUUCUUUCUAGUACCAUAUCAAAGAUUUGAUCUUUUGGUACAUAUGGCUAUAUAAAUUUUACCUGUUUUAUUUUGCAUUAAAAUAAAGGCUUUAAGACUACGUA